CACGUGAUAAGCUUCAGCUGAGAGUAAAUGGCGUCGUAUUGGGUGGGGAUUGAUUUACUGUGUUUUUAAAAUCAUGAAUGAAUUCGUUUCAGAGAAGGCAAAAGUGAAAUAUUUUUCACAAAACAAUGAAUUAAUUUCGAGGUUUGUUGACUAAGGAAGCAAUAUUUUCAUAAUGAAUGAGAUCAGUGGAAAACAAGAACUUGCUAGUACUUCAUCCUGGGAUGUCGUCUCACAAGUUUCAUCUCUUCCCCAUACACACCACAAUGACAUGGCAGUUUUGGUGCCUACGCCAAUAAAAAUUUCUCACUCCGUUGGGCUUGAUGGUGUAAUUCCCCAUCCUUCACCAGGACCUCAACUGCCCCAAACACCACAUGGAAUGCCACCUGGGAUAUACCUGGAACCUGAGUUGCCACCAGAAUUACUUCAGCAAGGUUGGCGCAAGUUUUGGAGUAAAAGGGAAAAUCGCCCAUAUUUCUGGAACAAGUUGACUGGCGAAUCAUUGUGGGAGAUGCCCCAGUUAAAGUCACAGUUUGAUCCAAUAACAGAUCCAUUAGGCAUAUGCAACACUCCAGCCAUUGUGAAUGGUCCACCUGGUCCUAUUGCAAUCAAGAGACGAGCCUCCGAGGAAGGUGUUGGAAGUCCGGUCGCUAAAAAAUUUAUUUUGACAGGUCCCUGGGAUCUGGAGAUUCAAACAAAUGUAGUAAUUUAUGAGAGACCACCUACAAUUUUACCUCAUCCCCACCCAGACAUUGAGACCUACAGAUGCUCUUUGGCUGCCAAACUAAGACAGUGCUACCAGGAGCUCUGUCAUUCCAGGGAAGCUAUUGAUGCACCAAAAGAUUCUUUCAAUCGUUGGCUGAUGGAAAGAAAGGUGAUUGAUACGGGAAGUGAUCCGUUGCUGCCAAGUAAUUGUUUCCCAGAAAUAUCCAUGUCAAUGUAUAGAGAAAUUAUGAAUGAUAUUCCAAUCAAGCUGGUAAGACCGAAGUUCACUGGUGAUGCCAGAAAACAGCUGUCUAGAUAUGCAGAAGCUGCAAAAAAAAUGAUAGAGUCGAGGAAUGCUACUUCAGAAAGUCGGAAAGUCGUUAAGUGGAAUGUUGAAGAGACAUUUCAGUGGUUAAGGAGGACAGUUGGUGCAACAUAUGAUGAUUUCCAAGAUCGGUUGGGACAUCUGAAGCGUCAGUGUCAGCCGCAUCUUACGGAGACAGUCAAGGAAUCAGUAGAAGGAAUUUGUUUAAAGAUCUACCACCUCUCUGCUGAUUAUGCAAAGAAAAUAAAAGAAAAACACACCGAAGUCCUAAAGGAAAGUGGUAUAUCAGAAGUGAUGACACCAGUUCAGAUGCCUGCCAUACGCAAGGUUUGGUGUUACCCCAUGCAGUUUGCCAUGCCUUGUCCACGACUGCCUCAGGUUGAUUACUUACCUGAGCGGGAUCAAACCUUGCUUAGGUUUCAUGGUGACACCAUGUACAUCAAUACCACUCAUCUUCAGAAACUGGAACAGUUGUACAGGUACAGUUGCUUUGAUGACAAAAAGUUUGAACUUUUUCUGCCUCGAGUGUGGAGCUUGCUGAAACGUUAUAAGACCUUCUUUGGAAGUGGACAGAAUGAAGGCCAGGGAACUCAAGGAGCCCUUCCAGUCUCUGUGUUUGAGUGUCUCAACAAAAUGUUUGGAGUAUCAUUUGAGUGUUUUGCUUCCCCACUAAAUUGUUACUUCAAACAGUUUUGUUCUGCAUUCCCUGAUACUGACUCCUAUUUUGGAUCAAGGGGGCCUGUUUUGGACUUCAAAGCAGUAAGUGGUUCAUUUGAAGCAAAUCCUCCAUUCUGUGAAGAAUUAAUGGAAGCAAUGGUUAAUCACUUUGAACAACUUCUAUCUGAUUCGCCAGAGGCACUUUCAUUCAUUGUAUUUAUUCCGGAGUGGCGCGACCCUGCACCAAAUGCUCUCCUCAGACUCGAGACCAGUCACUUUAAAAGAAAGCAAGUUGUUGUUCCAGCAUAUGAGCAUGAGUAUCGGCAUGGCUUUCAGCAUCUGAUUUCAAAGAGUGAAUUGAAUGUGAGGUCAGCACAUGGGACUCUGGUAGUUUGGCUGCAAAAUAAUGCAGGGUACCAGCGCUGGGGACCCACUGAUGAUCGAGUAGAAGCGCUACUGGAAGCAUUCAGGCCAGGUCGAGAGCGAGAACGAGAUCGUCAGGAAUUACUCUCACCUCAGAGAAAUGAUGCAGGUGAUGCUGUCUCCACCCCUGUUCCAAACCCCCAAACUCCUCCAGAUAACAAAUUACCUGUACCUGAAAGGCAAGUGUAGAGUGCUUUGAGAUAAAUGUGAACUGUGAAUCUGUACAAAAUUGUGACCCUCUGGCAGCAAAGACCUUUAUGAGAGGCCAUAAUGUGAGAAUGAAUGUUUGGACCAGUUGUGAAACUUAAAAUAUGAUCUCUCUAUCAUAGGAUCUAAAUCCUGCGCUUACUUGAUGAUAGUUUUUGUAUUUUUUAUGAAUUGGUUAAAAGCCAAUGCUUUUACUUUUGGCAGCCUAGAACCUGGAAUGUCUGUGUGGGAAUAUGAAUCUAAAUUUUGCAAAUUUGAGAUACUUAUAUGUUUCUUUUAUGGGAAAGGUAUACCUGCAAUAGUCCUUUUACCAUACCAGGUGAGUGGUGUUUUAGAAUUACUUUUAGGUAGUACUACACUUUGAACUCAUUUUGUAAGUAACUGUAGCUCAUACUUUAUGUAGAUGUCACAUGUUUUUAAAACAUACCUUUAGAGAGAGUAUUUUUUAAUUUGGUUUGUAAAGAGUGGACCAUGAAAUGAGGGCAGUUUUAUUUAGUGUUUGAAGAUAUAUGAGGUGAUUUUUUUUAAAAAAAGAUUAGGCUACAUUAUUUUCUGACAUGUCUUAGAAAAUGUAAAAUACAAGGUGGUCAGAAAAUCACAUAACUAAUAAACACACGUAUCUCUGUGACUUUGGUAGAGCCCACACAGGUCACGUCAUGUUGUAGCCUGCUCGUGCCAGCCUGUCAGUUUUAUUUCAACAGGUGAAGUACAAGGAUGUUUUUCACAAAUACAGUGAAUUUCUUUAUCAAACACUAGCUGAUAUCUUGUUCUUAUGUAACUUGUCAGAAUGAGUUUAGGUAUACGUGUCGUGAUUCUCCUGUGCCAAACAAAUAGACAGUAUCUCACCUGGUGAACUGUUUCCAUGGCACAGGAACUCUCACCAGGUUGCAUCAUACUUGAGGAAAACAGUGAAUGCAGUGGACACUGACUGUAAUACUGGUUGUUGUUUUGUUGUUUCUUUUUUAUUUCAGGGGUUUGGGGGGGGGGACAGAUAUGACGUGUCAGAAAUGGGUUGCAUGACUUUUUGAUCACUCUGCAUUUAGUCAUUAGAAACAUGUUAAAUGUUUUCACCAUUAGGUUCUUCAGCUAAUUACAAACAUUGCACCAGAUCAGUUACAACUCUGUGACAAGGGCCGUCAUGAAUGGACUUGUACAAUUGCGUGUUUUUCGCUCUGUGUUGUAACUUGUUUUGUGGUCAGUUUGCAAAGAUGUUCUUCAGGAACCCCAGCAUAAAAUGAUCAUAUGGGUGUAAAUCAGACUGCAAGGUUGUCAUGAAUGCCCACAAUUGACAUUUCAGGAAAUUUACAAAAUUAUGACAUCCUGAAAUGUCUCACGAAGAAAGUCCAGGUGCUCUCCAUAAUCACGGUGUGUUCGUGUAUAAACCCUUUUUCCAAUAAGUGAGGCAAAAAGUAAUUUUCCAGUAUAUUGUGAUAUCUUCUGUAUUCAUGUUUUGUUUUUUUAAAAAAACGUAUGGGACUAAUCAGCCCAUGACUUGAGAGAGCACACCACGUCAUAACUUUUUCACCAUGAAACAGUACUUCCUGCAGUUGAUGAGGGUUUCCCACAACGAAAAAUCUGCAGUUUUGUGUAUUCAUUACACCAUUUGAAUGAACAAUGUGUGCUUCAUCUUUUAAUCAUGUGUUAUGCAGUAUUUCAGCCUCUGUAAGCUGAAGACAGCUGUGUUAAUUCUGUUUAGUAAGCUGUGGGUACUGAAUGUUGUAGAAGAAUAAGGACAUAUCAGUUGUUAGCAUUCAACUGAUGUUCUUCAGAUUUGCAGGUGCUGACUUGCUUUCCAUUGGUUUUGUAGGGCUCCUUACCAUUUUCAUUCAAAAAUGGUUUCUUCUAAUGAAAAUCACUUGCGCAAUUUCAGAGCUAUGUCCUGCACAGUGCCCAGUUUGUGUUAAAAUGAGCCUUGAUACAUCUUCGCAUUAGGGUGACAUUUUUCAGUUCUACAUAAAACUACAGAACGUUACUCUGUUGUUCUGUGGUUAAACAACACUUUUCAUCUGUUUCAUUUUUCAAUAUGCUCCUAAGCAACAAGAAGCUAUCAUCUCAUGGUCCAUUCUUCUAAUCCAGAUCCAUCAUACUUGUACCUGAAACAAAGAGAACAUUUUUUUAAAAAUAUGUGAUAAAUUAAACACAAAAGCAUAUAAUUGUGGAACAUUUCCUUUGUGAGUUGGAAAAUUCUUGCUCUUUUCACUAACUGCUACUGCUUCACCCAUGCACUUUUCAUCUGUAGUGUUUCCAGUGAAGUAAACAAACUAGUGUGAAUCUUUUUAUCUGCAAGAGUUUAGUGACAGAUUUUUAAUGAAUCUGUGUGUGUUUCUUUCAACCUGUCACUUAGACACUUACAUACUAUACAGUUCUCUUGAAAUUUUAUAUUGUAUAUAUUUUAUUGUGUAUUAUAGGGAACAGAUUUUACACACAUAACUGCAUAGUUUAUAACUUGUUUCCAUUUUAUGUAUAUGGAAUCAGUUUGCCAUAGCAAAAUAUAGUUAUAUUUAUUUGUAUAUAGCAAAUGUUUUAGCUGAUAACCUGAUAGUGAAGCAACUUGGAAGUAGAGUAUUUUUAAGAUUAAAUUUGGAUUGCAAAGAAAUGUGAUGGUGUUAAACAGGCACUGAGUCAUCGGAAUGCAAUUCGUACAUGAAAAGAUGAAAGUAAUCUCAGAGUCUUAAGUAUCUUUGCAAUUAAAUUUAUAAUAACAGUUCUAACAAACAGCUCAAAGUUUAAUGAAGUUGGUACAAGGUGGCUGUUUUCCGGGUUGUUGUGCCGUGUAGUCUGGUAGAAGUUUACUGACACUUCAGAAGUCCUUGCUGCCUCCAUCAUAAGGGUGUUUAGUUACUCAUUGUCCUGAUGAUGGAGGCAACUACAACCUGUGAAACGUUGUUAAACGUCUACCAGAUUACACGGCACAACAACCUGGAAGACAGCCAUCUUCAGACUCACUGCCGUGAAAACCUCAAAUCCUACAUGUUAGUACAAUGCUGGUGUAAGUAAAUGAUAUUAAGAUUGCACAAGCAGAUGUAAUUUGGUUUCAGGAGCAGUAAUGACAUGUCUAUGUACAAGUCAGUAUAUUACAAUAAAUUACAUGCUUGUUCAAAGUACAGCUGCACGUGAUUACUCUCAGAUUAAUUAAUUCCACAUUCAGAGUUGCAUGUUUUGACAAUCUGGACUGGUUGUGUAAUAACAAUAACAUCCACAAUUAUUUUUACAAAAUGAAUCUCUUUUGUGGUUUCCAUCUGAAUUUUGAAUUUGGGACAUAAAAUUCCACAUUAUUUUUAAUGUGUGUAAGCUAUAGUUGUUAUGUCAUUAUGAUCAAUUUAGGAGACUGAUAUUUUUUCAGCGUGUAGUACCUAAUUUUUUUUUUUUAUUUUAGUUCUGGUACUUUUCUGAAACCAGUUUCGAUCACCUAGUCUCAUACCACUUUGCAAGAUCAAAUAUUGCCAUAUUAGUAUAUGACAUAUCUUUCUUUAUAAGUAAUGGUUGAAGCACUGUUAAUACUGCCUAUUAUUGUUUAUUUUCAUCAUCUCUUUCCUUUUGUGAAGUUCAUGUAUGUCCAAAGCGAGGAUCAUUUCUGCAGUUUACCGAAUCUGGGUCUCAUGCAUUGACAGCACAGUGGGUAAAGUUGUUUAAUUUAGUGGUUUUGAUCAGUUUGCUUGUUACAUUCAGUGAGCAAAUAUUUUCAGAAGAGUGUUGUUUCAACUGUAGUCGCUUUGGUCUCAGACAUUUUCACCCACUUUCCCUCUGUUCGGUGAAAUAAAAGUCCGGUCUGUUUUAGGUGCUGUUAUUUUGUACUCUGAAUUUUUGUGUCCAAUAACAUUUAUGUUAAAUUAAUUUUCUGACCAACAGUCCCACUGGCUGCAACUUAAGUAGGGGGACCCCCCC